CUGCGACCGAGAGUGCGACUGCGGCGCCCGACCCUGCACCGAGACGGAACUAUUGCGCCCACCCAGUACGGCGAGGCCGCCAUAGGGUGGAUCGGUGGACGAUAUCUCGAGCAGAAGAAGCAAUCAAUCCGCAAGAUCAGAAGCCUGUCCGACGCCAUGGCUGCCCCUGCCCCGCCCGAGGAUCAGGUCCGCCUGCUCAGCGAUGCCCUCGAGGCAGUGCGCCACCAGACCGGCUUGAUGCGCAAGUGUCUGGAUAUGCCUGGCAAGCUCAUGGAUGCCCUGAAAUGCUGUUCCACCCUCGUCUCCGAGCUGCGAACAUCCAGUCUCGGCCCCAAGCAGUACUACGAGCUCUACAUGGCCGUCUUCGAUGCCCUCCGCUACCUCUCUGUCCAUCUCCGAGAAAACCACCCCGUGAACCACCUCGCCGAUCUCUAUGAACUCGUCCAGUAUGCCGGCAAUAUCGUGCCUCGGCUCUACCUCAUGAUCACCGUCGGCACUGCCUACAUGUCUAUCGAGGGGGCACCGGUCAAGGAGCUUAUGAAGGACAUGAUGGACAUGAGCAGAGGCGUCCAACAUCCCAUAAGGGGCCUGUUUCUGAGGUACUAUCUGUCCGGGCAGGCUAGGGACUACCUCCCAGCAGGGGAAGGAGAUGGCCCUGAAGGUAACCUGCAGGACUCCAUCAACUUCAUCCUCACAAACUUUGUCGAGAUGAAUAAGCUAUGGGUCCGCUUGCAACAUCAGGGUCACUCCAGGGAACGCGACAUGCGGACACAAGAGCGCAAAGAGCUCCAGCUGCUAGUCGGCAGCAACAUCGUGCGCCUGAGCCAACUGGUGGAUCUAGAAGCCUACAAGAAUGGAAUUCUCGGUCCUCUCCUGGAGCAGGUUGUACAGUGCCGUGACGUGCUCGCUCAGGAGUACCUGCUGGAAGUAAUCACACAGGUCUUUCCCGACGAGUACCACCUUCAUACUCUCGAUCAGUUCCUCGCAGCCGUGUCACGUCUGAACCCACACGUCAAUGUCAAGGCCAUCGUCAUCGGUCUGAUGGACAGGCUGUCGGACUAUGCAGAAAGGGAGGCACAAGACGAGACCACGGACGACAGGGCGAAAGUCGAACAGGACGCCUUGGUGCAACUAUUGGAAAAGGCCCAGCUUGGGUACGAGGAACCCCAGCCGGCUCGCCAAUCCCACGACAAGUCUGAGGAGCCAACCGCGGGCGAGAAUGGAGACAACCACGGAGAUGACGCUGCGUCAACAAGCGACACCCUCCCUGGAGAAUCAGAGCCUGCAGCUUCGGUAGCAGAGACUGAAGUUACGGCUGUGAACGGAGAGGAGCCAGGGUCACCAGUCAAACACCGUGGCAUCCCAGAGAAUGUUGCACUUUACGACAUCUUCUUCGGCCAGGUACAACACCUUGUUGAGGCGCAACGCCUUCCUAUUCAAGACACCAUCGCACUGCUGGUGUCGCUCACAAAUCUGGCUCUCAAUAUCUACCCCGAACGACUAGACUAUGUCGAUCAGGUUCUGGACUAUGCGAACGCGAAAGUCCACGAGCAUGCCAACAGCGCCGACCUGCACUCUCCUGUUGCCCAACAAAGUCUGCUCGCGCUUCUUCAAGCCCCGCUAAAACGAUACGUCUCCAUUUUCACCGCUUUGUCCCUCCCUUUCUACGUGCCCCUAUUCCAAUCCCAGACAUACCCUACCAGGCGUGCGGUCGCUGGCGAGGUUGCGCGGACCCUUCUUAAGAAUCAAACGCCAAUAUCCACAGCCGCGCACCUGGAAAAUGUGCUCGGAGUGCUCGCAGUCUUGAUCAAAGAAGGCUCUCAAUCUCAGGGUUACCCAGGCGUUUCGUCAGCACGAGCCCGCGCCAUGGAGACGGAUGAGACGAUGGAAGAGCAGGGCUGGCUGGCUCGGCUGGUACACCUACUUCAAGGCGAGGACAAUGACACACAGUUCAAGUUGCUGCAGAUGACUCGCAAGGCCUACGCAGAUGGCAACGAGCGCAUCCGCACCACAACACCGCCUCUCAUCACCGCAGGCAUGAAGCUGGCUCGACGAUACAAGAAACGUGAACACUACGAAGAUAACUGGUCCACUCAGUCGUCGGCCUUGUACAAGUUCAUGCAUUCCGCUCUUUCCCAACUCUAUACCCGUGUCAACGGCGCCGGUGCCUCGGAACUUGCCCUGCGCCUGUUUUGCGCUUGCGGGCAGACGGCUGACCAGACAGGCCACGAGGAGGUGGCCUAUGAAUUCUUCGCGCAGGCUUUCACUGUCUAUGAGGAGGCAGUUAGUGACUCCAAAGCACAGUUCCAGGCUGUGUGCGUGAUAUCUAGCGCCCUGCAUACCACGCGCAACUUUGGGAAGGAGAAUUACGAUACGCUUAUCACCAAGUGUGCUCAGCACGCUAGCAAGUUGCUGAGGAAGCCGGAUCAGUGCCGCGCGGUGUACUUGGCAAGCCAUUUGUGGUGGGCCACGCCGAUCCUUGGAAAUGGCGAGGAGGAUGGAAAGGACCUCUACCGUGACGGCAAACGGGUCCUAGAGUGCCUGCAACGUGCACUUCGGGUGGCCGACUCCUGUAUGGAGACGGCCACUUCCAUCGAGCUCUUUGUUGAGAUCCUGGACAGAUACGUCUACUACUUUGACCAACAUAAUGAGUCGGUCACCACAAAAUAUCUGAACGGGUUGAUCGAGCUUAUCCACUCGAACCUCGCCGGCAACCAGCAAGAUUCUGCAUCGAUCGAGAACAGCAAGAAGCAUUUUUUCCACACGCUCGAAAUCAUCAAGAGCAAGGAAUAUGAGGGAGUCGUUCUGACUCCAAAAUAA